GCAAUCAAAAUUCCUACUGUAGCUUACUGCAUUGUCUUAACUGGUAUCAUAACAAAAGCUCAAAGUGGUAUUGGAGAUGGGAAUGAUAAUGGUGAUGAGAAGGUCGAAUUCUUUUUGUGUUCUCUUACGCCUACACCUUUACCUAUCAACUACCCAUCAUUAUCCCGCGAUGACCUAGUUGGACCUAUCGAGAAAUUAAUUGGGCAAAUCAAGUGGGUUUUUGAUCAGCAAAAUCAUGAUAAGCGGGAUGCUCAACUACUGAAAGUGAGCCUCCAGCCGGCUUCUUUCGAAGAUGUUAUUCCCUCCUUAAAAGGCUCUGCUCCGGCAGAAUAUCUUCUUCCGGAAAUCAAUCGCCAUAAAGUUGGAAACCCAGAUUUUCAAAUUGACAAGCUCGAUAAGGUUUCGAAUCGAGUCAAAACGUUCAUAGAUAAAAUGCGUGACGUUGUGAAGAAUGAAAAGGUAGCAACAGGUACAGACGAAUCUAAAACUGACACAUUGGUGGAUGAUCUGCUUCGUAUCGCCGACUUGAAUGUCUGGCCCUUAAAAAUACUAAUAAUCAUUAAAGAAAAGCCCUAUGUUUCAGCAGACCUCGAAUUUGUGGUUGCUAAUCGAAAAUUAAAUAUGGUGGCUGUAGAGUGGUUUUGGAGAAACACAAAUAUUAUUGCUGGUGGAGAUGAGAAUAUACGUGCCACCGAUAAUGAGGAACCUAUUGAUGAGACCAUAUUUGCUAUGCGCGUUCUUUCAACGUACGUGACAUUUUACAAGGCAGAGACCCUGCAAAAUGUUGGGCCGGACUUAGUCGUGGUUUACCAAAAACGGAAGUUAUUGUUAAGAGAUGGACAGGAGAAAAUGCUAAGCGGAAAGGUCUGGAUUUAG